AUGCUGCGUGUAGCCUCCGCCAGCCUUGCAACGCGGAGGAACGGUGGGCAGUACCUGUUCAUCCUGGUUGCCUUCUUCACUGUGCAGUACACAGACCACGUCAGGCCCUUCCGGCGCUCCAUUUACCACCUCAGCGAUGCCGAACUCUGGAGGUAUAGCUACCCCCUACUCCCCAACCACGUGCCGGCGUGGGUGGUCCCACUGCUGAGCCUGUCCACGCCCUUCGUCAUCAUCCUCGGUUUCCACCUGGCCGGCCGCCUGCCACGCCUUGCGGCCCACCACGGCGUCGUGCAGGGCUGGGCCGCGGUGGUGAUCACCGGCCUCAUCACCAACCUCAUCAAGCUCAACGUGGCGCGCCCCCGGCCGGACUUCGUCGCGCGGUGCUGGCCUGGCGGGGCGACCCCCGCCUUCACCUCGCUGGGCGUCCCCCUCUGCUCCGCCGCGGCCCUCGACUGGGAGGAGGGCCUGAAAUCCUUCCCCUCGGGGCACACCGCCUGGAGUAGCGCGGGGCUGGGCUACGCCAGCCUCUGGCUGCUGGGCGCAUUGCGCUGCUUUGACGGCGCCGCGCGCCCAGCGCGCCUGGCCGUCGCCCUUCUCCCCCUGGCCCUGGCCGGCUGGGUGGGGAUGACCCGGCUCCAAGACUGCUGGCACCACACCGAGGACGUGCUGGCCGGGCUGGGGCUGGGCCUGGCCGUGGCCUGGGCCUGCUACCGCGGCUGCCACUGCCCCGUGACCGGGCAGCAGGCUGGCUGCCUCACCCUGCUCGCCGAGGAGGGGGUGUGGGCGGACUCUGGCUUGGCUCCAGCGGGCCUGGCUGGACCGGGCGGUGGCAUCGGCGUUCCCGUCACCAGUGCCUCCAACCUGCCUGGUCUCAUGGGCGCACGCUACAACUCCCUUGCGAUGCCCAUGCCCGAAGAGGAUGUCUGA